AUGGCACCGGUACCAAAAAGUGGAGAGUUGUCUCACAAGAAGGCUUCGGCCGGUGGAAGCGGAAAGAAGAAGAGAAGCAGUGGGAGCGCCGGCGGUGGUAGCCCGACCAAGAAGCGCAAACCACCCAGAAGGACGCGAGAAACGCUGGGCUGCGGUCCGUGCCGAGUUAGCAAGCGCAAGUGUGCCGGUGGAUCUCUGUUUGAGGUUGAUUGUGAGGAAUGCCGCAGCAAGGGAAAGCCUUGUGUUUGGGGGCCGCCCCCUGAUGGGUGGCAGCCUUCGAUCCGUAUGAAGCUGGAGGCUAUGGUGAAGGAGGGCAGAGUGUCGAAGGAUGUUUUAGACAUGAAGGGCGAAAAUCAGAUAGCAGCUGAGGAAGCCGAGACCAAAGCUGCUGAGGGUCGAGAGGAUGGUGAGGAGAAUGUCGAGGAUGAUGGUCAGGGUGAUGGUCAGGGUGAUGGUCAGGGUGAUAAUCAGGAUGGUGGCCAGGAUGAAAAGGACGCAGGCGAGGACCAAGAAGACAAGGAUUACGGGCAAGAGGGAGGGUCCGAGGAUGGAGAGGGAGAAGAAUACUUUGAGGAGGAAGACGAAGGCCAUGAGAUCGGCGAGACACACCUUCAGCCCGCAAGCGACGAUAUCGACGUCCGACUCCCACCUCUGGGACACGACUCCGCCCCUCAACGUCCACCUCCUUAUGCCUUCGGAUACCAACCCCAAACCCUUCUUCCUGCCCUUCCUACGCCCCCGGCUCCGAACCUUUCUCUUCUCUCGGAGUCCCCGUCCCCUCUCGCCGGCUUGCUCUAUAACCAUCAAGGCUUGCAUCUGCCAGUGAUCAGAGACUUUUACCCCAUACCGUAUGGCCAUGCUCUUGGUCAUCAGCCGCCCAGAAUGAUGCCUACUCAGCAGCCCUCAAUUUCAUACCAGCAUGCUCAUCGAGAGCUUUUUAGCCGAAGGAAUUCUGGCAACAUACUACUGUCCACUCCGGAGUACCACUUCGAUGGUGCACUGUCCCAGUUUGGAGGACUGAGCCAUAUGACAUCCUCCUCUGCGUCCAUGUCUGCGUAG